UUGUUGCGUUCGUGUUUUGGCUUCGUGUAUCGUUCGGGUGUUUUCGGUGGUGAACUUUCUAGAAACUGACUGAAUCGAACAGCAUCGAACACGGCCACCAGCAGUACGGUUCCAGAACGUUCUCAGGCCUGGUCUGGUGUUGCUGCUGCGUGUGUUGAAAAUCAAGACCGAAGAAAGUAAACGGCACAAGAUGGUGAAAGAAACAGGUUUCUACGAUAUACUAGGCGUAAAGCCUGGCUGUUCUCAGGAUGAUCUGAAGAAGGCUUACCGGAAGCUGGCCCUCAAGUACCACCCGGACAAGAACCCGAACGAGGGCGACAAGUUCAAACAGAUCUCGAUGGCGUACGAGGUCCUGUCCGAUCCGGAAAAGAAGGCCAUCUACGACGAGGGUGGUGAACAGGCCAUCAAAAAGGGCGGCGGCGGCGGUGGCGGUGGUUUCCACAGCCCGAUGGACCUCUUCGAGAUGUUCUUCAACAGCGGCAUGGGUGGCCGAAGCAAACGGGAACGCCGUGGCAAGGAUCUGGUCCACCAACUGUCGGUCACACUGGAGGAACUGUACUCGGGCACCACCAGGAAGUUAGCUUUACAAAAGAACAUAAUCUGUGAUCAGUGCGAGGGUAUUGGCGGCAAGAAGGGUGCCGUCCAGAAGUGUACCCCGUGCCGCGGAACCGGUGUUAUGACCAAGCUCCAACAACUGGCCCCCGGCUUCGUUCAGCAGUUCGAGGAAUCUUGCCGUCACUGUCGAGGAAUGGGCGAGAUCAUCGACGAGAAAGACAAGUGCAAAAAAUGCAACGGGCGGAAAACGGUGCGGGAUCGCAAAAUCCUGGAGGUCAAUGUGGAGAAGGGCAUGCGCGACGGCCAGAAGAUCGUGUUUUCCGGAGAGGGUGACCAGGAUCCGGAUUUGCAACCCGGUGACAUUGUGAUAGUUUUGGACGAAAAGGAACACCCGAUCUUCAAGCGGUCUGGCCAGGAUCUGAUCAUGCACAUGCAACUGCAGCUGGUAGAAUCACUCUGUGGUUUCCAGAAGAUUAUCCGAACGCUGGACGAUCGGGAUCUGCUCAUCACGUCCUAUCCGGGUGAAGUGAUGAAACACGAGGCAAUCAAAUACGUAUCCGGCGAGGGCAUGCCUCAAUACAAAAAUCCCUUCGAGAAGGGACGCCUGAUCAUUCAGUUCUUCGUCGCGUUCCCUGACUCCAUACCGAUUGAUAUGGUUCCCUCGCUGGAGCAGUGCCUGCCGGGACGGCCUGUCGUGAAAGUUCCUGAGGACGCCGAAGAAUGCAACAUGCUGGAACUGGACCCAGAUCACGAUCGUCGAAGUGGACACUACAAGAACGCCUACGACGAGGACGAAGACCACCACGGUCCAGGAGUGCGGGUACAGCAGUGCGCCGCCAGUUAAGCGCAUUUCCGGCUGCACUUUUAGGGAAAUGGAACGAAAGCAAGGGUAACCGAAGGAACGUGUGGACGUUAACUCUGUCAGUGUGGUGUCUGUCAAGCGCAUUAGAUGCUAAAUUAGGAACUUAGUUUUUUCUUCUUAACCAAAACCGCCGUUUAAGAUAAAGCAAAAUACCAUCAAGCAGCAAACCGUUAAACUCUCGAAAAUCUACAAUCUGGCAAACGAUACAGGACAGUGUAACACAAACAACACCUUUUCACAAUUUGAACGUUUUGGACGUAUGAAGGAAUCGUACUUCGAUAAAAAAAUCCUUUUUUGGCUAAUUAUACACACUUCACAAGCUGCUCUCCGUAAUUCAUUCCAAAAAAAGAAAGCUAGAAGCAGAUCAGCAACACCCAACAUCUAUUUUUUGCUAUCUCGUUAAUCAAUAAAGGAGGUAUUUUUUUCUGUUCGGAACUAUAAUGAUUGUCUUUUAGUUUUUGGACUGGCGAAGAAAAAUCAUUUCUCCUCAAAACAACCAACUUUGUGCCCCCAUCGAUGGCAGAUUGACGCGUUCAUUUUUUCCUCUACCUUCCAGGGGGGACUACAAACAUAGCAUAUUUGUCAAAGAACAUGUGUAACUUAUGUUAAUCCAUUUUUAUUUAUGUUUUUCACUGUGUAUCCAAGUGAUCAACUUGCACGCGUGCAAACCUUUCCAAUCGCGAAAGGCUUCGUUGCGGCAGGGUGAGAGAAAACCGUGAGAUGUAAAUGUGUGUAACACAUAGUUAAUUAAACAUGAACGUGAGUAAAAAAAACUACGAACAAACAGUACGUUAACUACUAUUAAAACAGCCACUAAAUAGCUGAAGGAAUAUUUAAUGGGCAAACCACACACACACAAACACAAAACAACUUAAAUCACAGCAUACCUACUAUAGAAGGGAAGAGCAAGGGAAAACUACUCGGGAUGUGAAUGCAACAAAAUGGCAGUUUUGAAAUUUCUAUCCUUCGUUCGGCAGAGAUUGCGAAAAUUAAAACAGGAAUGCUACCCAAAUAAAGGAAUAUUUUAUGACUGUCUGCAACUUCCAAAAAGA